AUGGCUGAAUCUCAGGUCCUUAACAUGCCCCAAAAGUGGGUCUGUCUGAUACCCGACGACCAGGACGAUGACUUUGAAGGCUUUUUUUCCCUGAUCGAGCAGUUCACUGGUCGGAAAAUGGUACCUGUGCCGGCUCACGUGCUUCAGCUUAUGGGGCUCGUUGUUCACCCGAUGUUUUGCUUAAGAUCCCAAGUACCAGCGAAUCAUCCGGACCCAUUGGUGUUGACUGGAAAGAAGGUAGCAUGGAGAGCGUGGAGCUAUCUGGAUUCUUUCGUCAAGACGAGCGGGCCGUCCAGCAUUUUGAGAUGUUUGCCCGGUUAUAAUACCAGCAAGCCGGUCGAUAUGGACGUGAUUCCCAAAGAAAGUUUCAAAAACCAAGGCUGUGAACCAAUCGUCAGGCGGCUUGUAGAUGCAUCAAAUAUCUGGGAAAUUCUCUUGAGUUUGGAUGAAUCAGCUAAACAAACUAUCAGCCCUGGAGGGUGGGACUUGCUCAAUCUCCUUGUGACAGCCUGGGAGAUCGAUUUCAAGAAUCAAGAAGUUCCCGAAAUCCAGACCCAAAGCCUACAUCAGUUGUCCAAGAAAGGACCUAUCCAGGAACGCAAGACUUGUUUUCCUCAUUUUCUCAGACAAUUAGGUGACGCGCCUGCGGGCGGGUUUCGAAUAGACACUCGGGUGUAUGACAUCAUCUUCGAGCCUUUUAGUCGGAACUCUGCCUCUCCUACUUAUGUUUGGGGGUGUGCGACCAACUCCCUUGCUCGUGCUCAAGAGCUGUCAAUCCGUCUCCUCCAUUUGCUCGACCGACUGGAUUGUAUUCAGUUGCUCGAACCGGGCCGGUUGAGAGAGGAUAUUGUGAUCCGCAUGCUCGGUCUCGAAACAAACGCAUUGCGCACCUUUGUUAAUGUCUUACCAGAAGAUCAUCUCUUGCGAACUCGCCUUCUGUCGCGUUUCCUUGAAUCCGUUACACGAUCAACACCAACGCCACUCGUCGGAUUUACCUUGUCAAACUCUCAAAGUUCCGCGGCCAGCUUGUCACCAGGACAAGCAGGUUUGAAUGGAACUGCUAGCACUACGGGACUUCGACGGACACCAUCCCGGACGGCUCUGAAAUUUGACUCUCAAUCGUCAAUCUCAAACUCAAAGUCACAACUGCUAUCAUUAUCAUCCCUGAUCACCCAACUCUUGCCGCGCCCACUACUUGAAAUCCCAGCGACAGGUAAACGGCGCAGUUCGGCUGGCUCAAAACUCGAUCCUAGUGCGCUUUUAAGUGCCGAAUCGCGUUAUCUCUCCGUCUUGAGUGUCAUCUUGGAGUCGUUGUUGGUGAUUAAUCAGUCAAAAACCACGGACGAAAUCGAUCACGACGGGCUCAACCUUGUCAAACAAGGCAAACUACGAUCAGCCGUCCAAACUGUCUUCGAUGCUGUUACGGAGGCCUUGGGAAAUAAAUCAGAUUCGCUUGAAGAUCAAAGAACCUUCAGAACACUCCUGCAUCGUAAAGUCAAUCGCAUUAUUAAGGCUUUAGAAGAUCUUCCUUCUUAA